UUGGAGGUUAUAGGGCGAGUUAGUCGAUAAUCAGAGGCACUACUACAAAUUAGAGUCCCUACAAAUUAUUACACAGUCGGGCAUCUAAACCUUUAUACUAACCCUUUAUACUCUCUGUAUUAUUUUUAUUUCAUUUUAUUUCAUUAAAUUACUUUUCCUGCUGAUGCUUCAAUUUUAUCAUGGUACUUAUCUUACUUUUUGUAGUCUGAACUGAACUUCUGCCUUCAUCUCUCAGCACCUUGACGAAAAUGCAGGCGGAAGAUGGUGACUUAUAUGCACUUCAGAGACUACUCAGUGUCAACCAAAUCAAAACAAGCGCUUAUUAUUUCAAUGCCAAACGACAUGUUCUAGCUCUCGUUUCAGGGACUGGAGGCAUAAUUAUCUAUGCUAAUUUAGAAGCUCACCCAAAACCACUCCUUCGCUGGAUACCAUGGUUUGAAGACAGAGAUAAAACAAUUCAAUCAAUCUGUUUUCAGCAAUCAUUUGGAGCAUGGAUGGCUGUUGUUUGUUAUGAUGGUUCCCUCUACAUCUUACCCAUUACAUGGUUGGUAGAUUUUGAAAUUAUUGGCUCAGUACCAACUAUCGAGUGGAUGGCAAAUGAUGUGACUUACUUUCCUUCACCAACUAAAGACUUCAUCCCCACAUCAAUCUCAUGGUGGGAGACAAAAAUUUCCGCUCCAGGAAAUUUUGCUGUAAUUGGUGGGAAAUCUGGCAAAAUUCAGCUUCGCGACCUUAGUAAUGGACAUCUCGUGGGUCAGACUUCUGUCUCAGGAGACAUCAGUUCUGUUGCCGUUUUUGCUGAAGACAUCAAUGUGAUCUCUGUUUUAGUAACAAAUGAGCAAAAUGAACAAUGGAAAUUGGUUUUGGAGAGUCAAGAUUAUGUGAACACCACUCAUUGGUGGAAUGGAGGCAUCUCUUCAAAGAAUCUGAUUGAAGACCAAUUUGCGCAAAGGCCUGUAUUUCCAUCAGCAAGAGUGCGAUUACAAGGACUCAAGCAGCUAUCUGUAGAAACAAUGGCUAGCAUCAGACAGAAAAUUUCAGAGAAUAAAAGUAGGAGUGUUGCCAAUAGCUUGCGGCGGAAAGAUAGCAGUAGUAGUAGUUCCAGUGAUGACUUUGCCGUGAAAUUCAGGUCAGUUCCAUCAAAAAUAGAAAAUGAAGUUUGGUAUGUGUCCCCGGGCUACAGUCGUAGUCAGCUCAUCAGUGAACCUGUCUACCAUAUCUACAACAUACCAGGAAAUUUUUUCAAGAUAAAAAAACCGAAGCACAGCUACAAAUUACCCCCUGAGGAUAUGACGUCUGUUGGACUGAGUAUUUAUACAGACUUUUUUCUAUUCAUCGCUAACACCUCAGCAACACAAAUAAAUAUUCUGUCCACCAAGCUUUUGGAAAGUGAUCGAUCUCAAGAGUACAACCUACAGAGUUUUGUCCAAAAAGUUCAACUAGAGGAUGACGAACGCAUCCAGGCAUUGUAUCGGAUGUCAUGUUUUAAUUGCGUAGAAAAGAAACGACCUUUCAGCCCUGUUAUUUUUACCAAAUCGUUGCCCAUCUCAACAAAAGACUUUUUACCAAGCAUUAAUCUUUCAUCAUCCAACCAAACCAGUGACACUACUAGCAAUCCUGUAAUCACCCCAGCUGCCUUUGAGACUUGCUUAAUAAUAUCAAAUAAAUCUGUCUACAUUUUAAAUCUCAAGAACCAUCCAUCAGAUAGUGCUUUAAAGCUUCUUGAUUCAGACGAGUCACUGGAAAAGGUGGAAUGGAUCACAAAAAUUUUUAGUCUUGACAGACCAAAUGUUCUACUCUCUGCUGCAAAUGUCCAACUUGCAGCUGGAAAUUGGGAUCGAGCCAUUAAUUUCUUAAAAUUGGCUAAGACAAGUCCAUUGGAAAUAGCUUUGCGCCUGGCAUCAGCAGGUCUGGUCAAAGAACUCAUCACAUUUGUAACAUCACUCACUCAUUUGGAGCUUAGCCCACCUGAAAGGCGUCGGCUGGCUGAGAUCUGUAUUCUUGCUUUUGUUGAACAAAUACUACGUGCUCACGACAAAUCAAAAUAUUUAAAAAAGUUCCUAAAACUAUUAAGUGAAGAUUUAUACUAUAGAGAAUGUCAUGCAGUACAAACAGUCGGCAAGUGCUUCCUAUUUCCAGUAUUGAAAUAUUUCCUGUGUGAACGAGGCCUGAUUGAAGAUGUUGCAGAUGUGAUAGAGAGUAUCAUCUCUGAAAAUUCUGUUAAAUUUCUGGAACUUCAUGAUGGAUUCUGGGAUGUUGUGACAGAUAGAUCACUGGCAGAUAUACUAAUCCACAAAAAGUCUUUUGCCCUUGAAUACAUGAAGCUCAUUCAGACAAAUCUACUUCAUUUGCCUGUCCCAACACUGCAGUCUAUAUAUGAAUUUUUCAAUCCAACGAGAAGUUGCAUCAGGCCAUUAGUGAAAACUAUGUUCAAUUUUGUAAAAUCUAAUCAGCAGCCACGAGAAAUCCUCAAUCAAUCAAAAUUUGUCUUCUCUACCGAUAUUGGAGUGGAAGUGAACUACCCCAUCGAGAAUUGGAUAACCAUAUUUCUACUCACAUUGCUUCAGUUACUGCACAAAACGCAAAGCACUUCAUAUAGUUUUGAUGCUCUCAACUUUGUUUGUCUAAAGCACAAUUCACCAUCAAAAGGAAUGUUAAUUAAACUAAGUAACAAGGUUGUUCUCAGUGCGGGGCUGGCACAUGGUGCAGCUAUUCUGAAGAAAACCGUUUUCACUUGGGGUCAGGAUCGACACAGCUGUCUCGGAAGGAGACCAGCCAUGAUUGUAGCACAAGCUGAUCCAAUUCCCUGGUUUGCGUUUCCUAAAAUAGAUGUACACAGCAUAGCUUGUGGACGAUAUCACACACUUGCUCUGACUAGCAAUGGUGUGUAUAGCUGGGGCCUGUCUAACUAUGGCCAGCUUGGAGUAGGAGGAUUGAAGAACUCUCCCAUACCCCGUAUCGUGGAAACUCUAAGUGAAGAAUCAAUCAUAUCAGUGGCAGCAGGGCAGUAUCACUCACUGGCAAUAUCAGCCAAUGGGCUCUUGUGGACAUGGGGUUGGGGUGUCCAUGGCCAGCUUGGUCAUGGUUCUAUUGAAGAUGUCCUUGUCCCAACGGUUGUCUCUUGCCUUAGCUGUGAAUUUAUUGUUCAAGCUGCUGGUGGUUAUGCACAUUCAAUAGCACUCUCUGCAAAAGGUUGUGUGAUUGUUUUUGGUUCUAGCUACUUUGGUCAACUUGGAAUUGGGUCUCCUGUUAAGCGAACUACUCCAAUUGAGGUUUAUGGUCUGUCUGAGCCAAUCACACAAAUUUCCUCUGGAUACUUCCACAAUCUUGCUUUAAGCAAGGCUGGGAGACUGUAUAUCUGGGGUUCAAGUCCGCAAGUACUUAGGUCACAAACGCAGGCACAAAAAAGGUCAAAAGCUUUCCAGUUAAAAAGUUCUUUUAAGCCAGAAGAUGAUGAGUUUGCAAGUAAAUUUACCUGUGACGACAGCAGCACUAAUAACACUGAAAGUUCAUGUAAAGGUGACUUCUUUAGUGAAACUUUUGGCAGUGUGCCUACUCCUGAGCCGAAAGCUCAACAAUUAGAUUUUCCAACCCUUGACUCCUCUGCAUCACCGGAUGAAAGUGCAAUCCAUCUUUCUCCAAUGUUGGUCGACACAUCCAAUGUUUUAGGAAAAAUCAUCGCCAUUAGUUGUGGUUGUCACCAUUCUGUAAUUCUUGAUGAGAAGGGAACAGUUUACACUUGGGGAAAAAAUUUUGAUGGUCAGCUGGGUGAUGGGACGCGGAAAGCGGUCCUUCUACCAAGCCCAAUCCAAAUUAAUAAUCAGUUGAAACUAUCCUCUGAUAACCUGAUACUCCAUGUCCCUUUGUCAACUGUUCCAAUUCAAUAUAUUUGUUGUGGGGCAGAUUUUACGCUGGCCAUGGAAUCAGGGGGACGAAUUUGGGGAUGGGGCUCUAAUCAAAGUGGACAACUCGGCACUCCACCUGUUCCAGAUGACUCGGAUAUCAGAAUUAAAAUCAAAGCAAGUAGCAAACGAGUUUUGAAAGUCCCUUAUGGUUCACAAAACAAUAUAAUAGAUUCUCCACAGCUAGUGCCAAUCGUAGCGUACCAGCACUUUCCAACGUUUCCUGAAAACAAGUUGAGCACGUCUGUGUAUUGUUCAAUUCAUUUACCUUCAGAGAUUAUUCAGCACAACCUUGUACCUCUCGCCAAAAUUGACCCAUCUCCGAGUGUUUUAAGUUUGCACUACAUUUUGGAGUGCUUUCACAACUGUUACAAUGUAGAUUUGGUAAAAAGUGUUUGUACGGAAUUAGAAAAUUUCCAAGCUCUUGCCAAAAUUCACCAUCUCAACAAAAAUUAUUGUCAAGCAUUUAUGAACCAUUUGAAGUCUUUGCUCUCGACAAAUCUAGACUUUUUUGUGUCCGUUGGUGUGAACUCUCGAAAUACUAUUAGGUCAGCAAGGAAAAAAGAAAAAUUGGUUAGUUUAGAAGUGAUAGCUCCAAACUUGACAACUGAUAUGAUCGUUAAAAGUAAGUCUGAGAACUUCAUUAACUCUCAGAGAAUGAUGUCGUCGGAGAAAAUGAAUGUGAGUGAAAUCAAGGAGACAAGUGUAGUGAAUGGAGGAAACAUGAAAAUGGAGACAUCAGAUAAUCGAACUUGGAUCCAAUCUGAUGACACACUUGAGGAGCAGUCAAGCAUCAUUACAAUGACAAAUUCUGACAUUUAUAGGUCCGAUAACAUGAGCUACAACCACAUAGAAGAGGUAAAAAAAAACCCACCCAAUACUUGUGACAAUGAAUGUUAUCAAGCUAGUUCACCUGACUCCUUGAGUUUUGAAAAUAAAGAGCGACUAAGCAUAUGCGAUGAAAUUGAAAUUCACACCAACAGCUAUUUUUUGAAGCCUUUGGACGCCGACAAACGCUCUCAGCUUGACAAAAGUGAGUCAUUUAGUGUGGAUAUUCUUGAUUGUGUGAGUAAUGAAGAUUACUGCGAGACAACCAACGCAAAGCUUGAAAGCGAUUGCAAUGACUGCAUCUACAAAGAAGAUUCAUUGAACCGUUUCAAUAUUCUAAAUAGUCUCAACUCUGAAAUUAAAGACAUCCUUCUUGGUGCCGCCAAAGAGAGCAAUACUGACAUUAGCCUAGAGCCUGUAAAUCAGAAUGGUUUGGAUACCACUUUUGAAACAGAGCCAGAGGAUGAGAAACUGGCAGUGAAAGCUCUUGAAAUUUUUCAGUUAUAUCUAGAUUUAAUGAAGAAAGCAUCCAAAACUGAUUGUUUAUACUUCUUACAUGAAAGCAUCUUAACCUGGAUUUCACAUCAGCUCCCAGUUCACUACUUGGAAAAUCUUUUUGAUUCACAGUGGGACGAUUAUGUUAAUUAUCUUGGUAUUAUUUUGAUUUGUGGCAUCAGACGGGACUCUGACCAUGGAUCAACGCAGCAAAUGCUCCACCAAUUCUCGCUCAAGUUCAAUUUGCGAGUAUGUGCUACUCUUAUUGAGUCUGCAUCCGACAAAGGUGAGUUGCACCCGGAACUAGUCAAACUUCUUGCGAAUACCUUAGCUGCUCCAAAUGUAGGAGGUACGCUUGGAGACCAUCGCAUGUAUGGAGACCUUCUUGCCGUCACUUUGAGCAAAUUACGGGGUGAUAUUCCAUUCCAGCCUUUUAUCAGCAUUGAUCCAUCCGUCCUUCACAAUGAAAUAAUUGCUUUCUCCUGUGGUCAUCGAUUUCCAAACUCAAAUGCCUUGCAAUUCGCAGUUGCAAAAGCAGCAGCUGAGCUGGAGGACCAAAGUUUACCACACAUCGCUAAUCAACUCAGAGAGCUGUUUGAUAAACAGCUUGUUAUUCGGAAGUUUGCAUGCCCAGAUUGUAUUGUUUCAUUUUUCUUCUCAAGAAAUAUCAACUCAUAAGUGUUAAAUCUAACAUCCCUUGUGAUGAAUACCAAAGCCUUCAUGGGAGAAUAUAUAUGUACACAGAACCAACACCUUUAAUACAGACCUGGCAGGGACAAAUAAUAUACUUUUCAAGUACAUCAAAGCAUGGCAACCAAGGAACACCAGGAAAAACGCACGGAUCGGAGACGCAAUUUUUAGUUUACAAACGACUGAGGAUGGAGAGGUAAAGGCUUUGAAAUGCAGCUCGUUACAAUAAAAGUUGAUACAAGUGAGUACGCUCCAAAUUUUUAAGGACCCCGCACACUUCUUAUGGGAAAGGACACCACGAUGGAUUUUUAAUUUUUUUAUUGCAUCCCAUUCUCCUCAAGAUGCUGAUAAAAAGUCAUCAUUGUGCCAACUUUCCUUGAUGCACAGAUUUUGCACUUCACGCCCAAAAAGUUUCAAUUAUUCGGCGAUAAAGAGUCAAAAAGAACAGGGUAUUGAAGAACAGACCUGAUGUAAAUAAGGGUAAACAUAGCGCGGGUCUGUCUUCUUAUCUGUUCCUGCUUACUCUGGCUGGGGCUAUCUCCCUCCCGCUCUCGUCCGUUUGACGUCCACUGCUUUUCUCCGAAUUUUCUGUUCUUAUGCUCCUCAUGAAACUGAUUUGGAUGGUGAAGCAAAAAGGCGAGCGGAAUCCGAGACAAGUCUGCCGCUCGGUGCUGGAGUUCCCCUAGUUUCCUUGUUGACACACUGCUGACUGUUCAUUCGAGUGCCAAAAUGAGGAAUCUUUCUGACUCUUUAUCGCCGAAUAAUUGAAUAAUGACGAGCGUGUUGUGCAAAAACGGUGCAUCGUAGAAAGUUGGCACAAUGAUAAAUUUUGAUCAGCAUCUUGAGAAGAAUUUGAUGCAAUAAAAAAAUGAAAAAUAGACUGUGGUGCAAUUUCCCACAAGGAGUGUGCGGGUUUCUUUUAUUGAGAUAUUGAUUGAAAGUUUACUAAGUUAAGUCACGUCAGGUUGAAACAGAGUAAAAGUUCCAGAGGAAAGAUACCUGCUGUAACAUUUCUAGUCCAAUUUUUUUUUUUUUUUUUUUUUCGUGAGUUUUGAAAAUUUUCAGUUACGAACCCGUGAACAUUGAAGAGCUGGAAGAUUUGCUCUUCUUCAAUCUCUGCAAAAUUUUCAAUUUUUUUUUUUCAAAGGAUUUUCCAUGUGCCUUAUGCAUCCCUUGAUAAGGUCAUGUCAUUUGAUCAGUGAUAGUCCUCUUCGAGUCUGUUAAAGACACUGGAAAAUAUCAGUAUCUACCUCCCCUCAAAUAUUUCCGUUUGAUUAAGAAGUGCUGCCAUUUGUACCAGAAGUGUUAAAAAUAACUGUAGGUCAUGAAGGACCAGAUCUGAUACAUCAUCCUUUGUGCAGCCUGUAGGUUUUGUCUUCUUGGUACGUUUUCCCAUAAUUUGUCAGAGGGGAAAGUUGCACUGAAGAAGUUGCAACAAAUACUGACGGAUCUAAUAUUGAUUGCAGUACUAAGUAGGGUCCUUUGGUCCUUGUAGAGCUUCAAGACCGAUUAUGAGAAGAAAAUUAAUCAGUGAAAGCAAAUUUUUUGUUAUUUUUUUGUUCACUCAAUUGUUAUGUUUGUUUAAUUCAAAUAAUUUUUCUCAUAGUCUAUUAUUCUCUUCAAUUAUUAAUUCUAUUUAAAUAAUUUAUCUUCCCUUGCAAACUUGUCUCAGAAACAUGAGAACCCUGCCCUGUGGAGCUGGUGACUGCGAAAAAUUGCCAAAGUUCGUUUUGUGCGUUUCGACGCUACAACAAAUCUGAUGAAAAUGUUCUGCGGGGACAAGGCCUAAUGGGUCCCUUCUUCUCCUUCGUCGUUUCAGGUAUUUUUUAAAACGAACACAUCCAAACUCAUAGUCUUAUUCAAAGGAAGAAAUCGAAUGGAGUAAUUAUUUUUUUGGAACCAUAUUUAUUGAAACAUUUUAGUAUAAAAUCAUUGGUAAAAUGGAAUGAAAAUAUGAAUAAGUGCACUCUAUUUUAUGGACAUUAUUUUGAGAAGGAUAGGAAUGUAUUUGUGAAAUAAAAAGAGAAGUAAAUAGGUAAAAAGUUUGAAUUCUAUGAAUUCUGAGAACAACUCUGAUUGAAAAUGGUCGAUUAGUCUUCUUUUAUAAUUUUAUUUUGAAGGAUGGAUAGGAAAUAAGUCGAUCCUUCAAAUACAACCAAGAUUAGAUGGUCAACUUUCUGAGUGAGGAAGCCAUACUAUUACCUAAUCCUAGAACUUUUUAUGACAGCCUAGUCAAGUAUAAACAUAAGCCACGAGUUCGACUUGUUAGAAAUAUUUUUUUGAUUACCAUAAGGAAUCUUGAUAAAAUUCCAUUCAAUCAAGAUUAUGUGGAUUUUGUUAUUUAAUAUUUUACCAAUGGGUCAGUUGUGCUGGUCAUAGAAUCGUGUUUUGGGGCUUGAUUCUUGUAGAUAAGCUAAAAGUAUUAAGAUCUGUCCAAACCGCAACUUUCUACGUUCAAUAUUAAGCAAGAUAUCGCCCAUUGAAAAGUCGGGUUUUUGACCACCGCAGUAGUAACACCCUUGAUUUCUUCCACCUUGUUUUCAUCAGUCGGUGUGAAGCACAUUUGCACUAGUUAUUUAACAUGAAACCCGGAUGAAAACUAAGUGAAAGAAAUGAAGGGUUUCACUACCGCGAUGGAUGACGUCAAAGACCUGACUUUUUAAAGGGUGAUAUCUCGGUUAAUACUGAACGUAGAAAGUUGCGAUUUGGAUCUUAUUAUAUUUAGCUUAUCUACAAGAAUCAAGUAUCAAAACACGAUUCUGUGACCAGCGCAACUGACCCAUUUUUUCUUCCAUCUUCUAAAUUUACAUAUGCUUGAAUCAUCAAUAAAAACUCAUUCAAAUUGGUUCAAAAAUCUGAAGAUCGCUGUCAAUAGUAAAUUGUCUUUCAAAAAAUGUUACAGAUUAUUUUGUGUUGUGAAGCUGAAAGCUCUUAAAUUUUAUCUCAUGCUUAAUAGAAUCAUUCAAUGUUCGGUAAUUUUGAAGCAAAAUGUCAAUUUUGCUCAGUGAGUGAUUUUUGUUUGUUUGUUUGUUUGUUUGUUUUUUUUUUUGGAAAAGAGGUCAAAAUACUUAAGCCCUCAUGAAACUCCAAUAUUGUCACAGCAGUUUCAAGUGUUGCAACAGAAGCUCUUUCAGUAAUCAUCAAAGACACAUGUAAAGCAAUAAAUUUCACUCUUUCAUUUUUUAAAAUAACAGAUGAAUGAAUGUUACGAUGUAUCAAUAUCAGUCGCAAUCUUAACACUCAUUUUCUCUCAGAUGUCUUGGCAAAACGUGUAUCUGACGUAUCUUCUUAAAUUUCUUUUACUUCAGAUUUUAAGUCUGAAAACUAUUCUUAAAAAUCAUCGCAGAGGCAGUUCUGCUUUCAAGAAGGACAGGAAAUUUGUAAGAUACCCCUUGUAAUAUUAUAUUUUGUUACUUUCAUCAUCAGAUAAGAGCAACCACUGUCGUUCGACAUGAUUAUCAUGAUAUCAGUGCAGUAUGUUUAGCAGACUACUCUUCACUGUGAAUUUCUCUCUUAAAUGUUUAAAAUGUAUCUCCUAUUUUAUCGUAAGCAUUCAGUAUAAACUGAGAAAAUUGCCGCUUGUUCACAAUUAAAAGCCUUCUCACCCAGCAACGGCCAGAAGUAAAAAUAUGGAAACGUUGCAAAAAUGUUGCGACAUUAUUACUCGUAGAUAUGACAGUGAGACAACGUUCUCGCAAUUACCUCUAGCCACCAUGUGUCGGAUCGGUUAACUUUUAAGGAAUAUGGCGCAUUAUCAGUGUUCUCGGGUGCUCCGUGUGCAAGAUCCGCACGCUCUGCCUUUCUCUGUGCUGCUAUUGGCUACUUCGUCAUUCUGUGAUGUCAGGCGUACGGAUAUUUUAAGUUAGAGAAGCGUUUUCCCGUGAGGUUUUUGUGCGUACGCAGUACGCGCCAGGAUAGGGAAGAUCCGCACGGCACAGAUAUAUCCUAACGCUUGGGAUCACUGCCUAUUGUUUAGUUCGUCAAGGGAACAAAACUUCUCACUUCUUCAAUGUUUCUGAAAACCGAUUAUCAUCGACAUUAAUAUAUUCCAAAUGUGUCUUGUUCAACAUCAUUUGGUAACAAAUCUUGCUUUCUUAGGAACUGUUUUUUUUUUUUCAUUUCAGAGUUACCUUUGUCAAGUUAAUGGUGUUUAGCUUAUGCUAACUCGUUUUCUUAGCUGAAUUUUUUGUUACUUGUUUUCAAUCUGUGUACUGUUACAGCCUGUUAUCUGUUUAAGUAUUGCAGUUGAACUUCUCCUGAAAGAAUCUUUUUAUUUUUAGUUAUUCUUAUUUGUACAGACUUUCAUUACUGAGUGUUUAUAUUCUUGUAAAUUUUAUUAUUGCUAUCAAACUUUUAUAUUAAAAUCAAUUCCAGACAAAAACGCGCAA